AUGGGCAAGAGUAAGAAGAAGAACCCAGGCGAACCGCCACUUGGUGAUUUUCGCAAAUGUCCCUCCGCCCGUAAGCUCUUUGAGUCUCUCGGCCGGGAAUUUCCUGUCAAGGUCAACAAACAGCGUACCCUCAACAGCUUUGUCAUAUGGCUUAUCGAACGCCUGAUUGACAAGGACGUGUCCAACCCAUCAAGCGCUGAAUCCGAACUCAAAGAGUGGUAUCAGCUGCUCAAGAGCUGCCGCAUUGACGACCAGACCAUCAUUGAUGGUUUUGUCGAGCUAGAGCAGACCCACGUCUCAGAGCACCCUCUCGACGCGAGACGUCUUCACAUCGUGGAAACGGAGUUGCGGGAACUAAUCAGGACUACGGCCUCGCUGCCCCCAGCUCCAUCCAAAUCUUCAACAGCUCAAAAGAUUCAAAAGCCCUCGGGCACUUUGUCCAAGCCCAUGGAUGAACACAAGCACCUCAAUCGGCGGGUGUCAGUCUUGAGGAUUGUUACUGGCCCUGACCCUUCAAAGUCAACGAACGAUUACGCCCAUCCGGAUAGAAGACUGUCAGGCCCAUCGGCCCGCAAUGACUCUACCGUUGCCUUUGAAGGAGACAUGAGCGAUUAUAUCCAUCCUGGAAGAAGGGCUCUUGUCAGCACACCACAAGAGUCUCCGAAACAUGAUUCUCCGCCGCCAACAUUGGCUUAUAUGCACCCGGAUAGGGCUGCAUCUGUCUCGGUGGGCCACUCCUCUCCUGCCCCCGAGAUCAUGUAUGGCCGUAUGCAUCCUGAUAGGAUGAAGUUUUCUCGAGAGGCUGCUCCUGAGCCUGGAGAGCUGAUUGAAAAGGUAGUUCCCGCUGCUGACUGCAUUCGAACGGGAACAGGAAGACAGGGCAAGAGUAACACAUUUGAUCCUUUCUGCCCCGAUUUGCCGUUUUUAUCAGGAGCAAAUGCGAUGGCCAUGGAAGACUUGGUGAGGCAGAGAGGGAAGAAAAAGCAGGAGCAGGAGUGGGAAAAGUGGGAGCAGGAGGAGAAGCAGAAGCAGAUGCAGAAGGAGAAGGAGAAGGAGAAGGGGAAGGAGAAAGGCAAGGAUCUCUCCUUUCUUACCGGUUCCAACCGAAUGGUGCUCGGUGAUGACUGGGCGUUGGCCAGAACGAAGAAGAAAAAGAAGAAGGCCGCGCAAACUGAGCUAGUUUUGGAGUACGGUGAGAGCCCAGUUGACGUGGGAAACGCCAAAUCGGCUACCAAGGGUGACAAGGAGUUUACCAUACCGGGAAACUAUGUGUGCAACCGUUGCAACGUGCGUGGCCAUCUUAUUCAAGAUUGCCCAACGAACGGGGACUGGCGAUAUGCCGUCAAAGCACCCGAGGACUACACUUGCAAUUUUUGUGGAAAACAGGCAGAUCACUAUAUUGAUGACUGCCCGCGGAAGCCUUCGAAAGGCUCGCGCAACGGUCAAACUGAGCGUGACGCGCCUCGGAGAGUCGUCAGUGAUACCAUCCGAGAUUCCGUCAUAGACUCCUACCGACCCGAGCCCCGCUCCCACAAGCGGCAUCGCAGUAUGGACAGUAAGUUUGACGAUGAUGACUAUUUGGCCUCGAGACCUCACCGCCGUGGGACGAGGGGCCGCAAGUCUCGGCGUGCAGAUGAUGACCCAGAAAGCAACGUGUCUAUUCGGGGAAGGGCUGGUACGAACGACAGUCCUUGGGGUGACUUGAAGUCUUCCAUCGUGGGUUAUCUCGAUCCAGACAAGCCGGUUGGUGACGAACCCCCCACUAAGGUCUACACCAAACGCAAGCCUCCGCCCGUCAGCCCGGACCCCCAUGAGGAGGGACGGCUUUCGUAUUAUGAUGUGCCAUCUGAAGACGCGCAGCCCGAGCACUCCACUUUGAAGAAGAAUAAGAAGAAGACGCCCCCGAAGAAAACGCAGCUGGUUGUGCCCAAGUCCGAGAGAUCCCCUAUUCGUAUCGCCAAUGCGCCGCCCCCCAGAAUUCGAGUUGGCCCACAGCAGGUCGGCCAAAUGAUUGAGGAAGAGAGGGACAAGAACGACUUGAUCCCCUCGUUCUUCAAGAUGUUUUUGGGCAAGAAGGUCUAUUUCAGGACCAAGGCCAAGCGUCCAGUGGCAAUUGACUUUAUUGAUAUGCCCUCUGAGAGUGAGGGGGGCGAUGACGAUGCCAUGGAGAUUGACCAGGCUCAAGAUUCUGUCAAGAACGAGCAAGGCGAUAUGUCCACCCAGCUGAAGAGCCGGCUCUCGCCUGGGCCCUCGGUGGACGAGCCACAGCAGGCGACCAAUUCUUCUGUCAUCCAACACCUCCACGGUGUCAUCGACGUGGAUGAUGAUGUUGUCAUGACGGAGGCUAGGCCGUCUGUCAUUGUCAGCGGGUUGGGAGACGUUACCGACCUCACUGGGCUAUCUGAUGGCGAGUCCCAGAGCCACAUUGUGGUGGUUGAUGAUUAG